AUGGCAUUCGGCUACCCGGGAUUUGAUAACCUGCGCACGUUCGAGGACUUUGUAGUCUCCUACGACAGCCGAACUAGAACUGCACAUUGGGUAAUGGAACAUCUGACUCCUGAUCGUAUGGUAUACAGCAAAGAAGUUGAUCGCAAACAGUGCGUUUUUUCUGAAGACCAGUCGAUACAUCCGUUCUUCAGAUCCACUAAUGACGAUUAUAAAAAUAGUGGCUUCGAUCGAGGGCAUCUGGCUCCAGCCGGUAAUCACAGGACGUCACAAAACGCCAUAAGGCAAACAUUUCUUCUCAGCAACAUGUCACCUCAGGUUGGCAAAAUGUUCAAUCGAGGUAAAUGGAAUGAACUGGAAAAAUAUGUUCGCAGUUUGGCGCGAAGGAAUCGCAACGUGUACAUCUGUACGGGUCCCUUAUAUUUGCCGAGGAAAGAAGCUGAUAAUCGGAUGUACGUAAAGUACCAGGUGAUCGGUCAAAAUCACGUCGCAGUGCCCACCCACUUUUUCAAGGUGAUCCUAAUUCAGAACAUGAGUGGCGACUGGUUUCUCGAUUCAUACGUCUUGCCUAAUGAACGCAUCGAUGACCGUGUGGAUCUGAAAUCCUUUCGUGUCUCACUGGAAAGCAUAGAGAGGGCUGCUGGAUUUCUGAUUUUCGAAAAAAUCCGUGAGCGAAACGUUAAACUGAUAGAACCGAAAAUCAAGUAG